GCUGCGAUGCCGAGAGACGACUGCGGUGUGCGCGCGCGUGUGUGUGUGUAUGUGCGAGAGUGAAAAUGUGUGUGUCUGCGCAUCCGCCGGUCCCAGCACUGAACACCGUGAGGCCACUGCUUUCCGGAGUGUGUGUGUGAAUGAAUGAACGUUGGGGGACCAUACGAGAAAAGAAGAGAAGAACAUUGCAGAAAAAAACUAUAUAUAUUUAUUUUUUAUUAUAGAUAUCAGGAGGAAAAACCAAAGUGCUUUGAAAUUUCAGCUUUCCUUUUUGCAGAGUAACUCGGAGUGAGUGUCCUGCCGCAUUUGGUGAAGUUUUCUCUCCCUCCUCUUCCUUCUCUUCCUCCUCCUCCUCCAUCUCCUGUCGCAGUACACUUCAGCCUAAGGAACACUGAGUGCCUAGCUGAAGAUCAUGAAGUGGAACCUUUUCAAAAAGAAACCAGAAGCCAUGGUGGGUCCUGAGCCCACAGGUUUGGGAGGAACCCACCCACCCAGUACCAUGACCAUGGCCCCUGGCCCUGCUAUCUCCACCGUAGCAGAUAACUCCACCGAGUCUGGAGGCUCUUCCAUGGAUGACAUCUUCGAGAAGAUCAGGAACAAAUUCCUUAAUGAGAUCGAGACAAUUCCAUUGCCUCCUUGGGCGCUGAUCGCGAUCGCAGUAGUGGCGGCACUUCUCAUCGUCACCUGCUGCUUUUGCAUCAUCAAGAAAUGCUGCUGCAAGAAAAAGAAGAACAAGAAAGGAAAGAAGGGCAAGGAUGGCUUCAACAUGAAGAAUAUGCAGGGUGGAGAUAAACAACAGGAUGAUGACGACGAGGACGGAGAAACUGGUUUAACCGAGGAAGAGAAAGAAGAAGAGGAAAAGGAACAGGAGAAACUGGGCAAACUGCAGUAUUCGUUGGAUUACGACUUCCAGGACAACAAGCUGACAGUGGGGAUCUUGCAGUGUGCUGACCUGAUUUCCAUGGACUCCGGAGGAACUUCAGACCCUUAUGUUAAACUCUUUCUCCUCCCUGACAAAAAGAAAAAGUUUGACACCAAGGUGCACAAAAAGACACUAAAUCCUGUUUUCAACGAGACUUUUGUUUUCAAGGUCCCAUACCAGGAGCUGGGAGGAAAGACUCUGGUUAUGUCUGUUUAUGACUACGAUCGCUUCUCCAAGCAUGACAUCAUUGGUGAAGUCAAACUGCCCAUGAACACAGUGGACUUAGGACAGCCCAUCGAGGAAUGGAAAGACCUGGAAAGUGCUGAGAAGGAAGAGCCAGAGAAGCUUGGUGAUAUUUGCAUUUCACUGCGAUACGUCCCCACUGCCGGUAAACUGACUGUCUGCAUUCUGGAGGCCAAAAACCUGAAGAAAAUGGAUGUGGGUGGACUCUCUGAUCCAUAUGUGAAGAUCCAACUGCUCCAGAAUGGUAAGCGUCUAAAGAAGAAGAAGACCACAGUGAAGAAGAAUACACUGAACCCCUACUACAAUGAGUCUUUCAGUUUUGAGAUCCCACUGGAGCAGAUGCAGAAAAUCCUUGUGGUGGUCACCGUCUUUGACUACGACAAGAUUGGUAAGAAUGAUGCCAUCGGAAAGCUCUUUAUCGGCAGCAAGGCCUCGGGAACGGAGCUGAAGCACUGGUCCGACAUGCUGGCCAACCCACGCCGUCCUAUCGCUCAGUGGCACACCCUGAAAGAAGAAGAGGACAUAGACGCCACACUGGCUGGUCUCCAUGCCAAGAAGUAACUUCACCUUCUUUACAAAUUCAACUAAUCAACUAACUUCCCUUCUUAACCCAUCCACCCCAACCACCACUGCAUGAAAGCCGACCAACCACUGCCCAUGCCUACUCCAAAUAAGUUUCAGAAAUAAUGUACUUGACUUUGUACUUUGUACUGUACUUGAAGUCAACAUUGCUGAAUGUGAAAACUCCAUGCCCCCUUCAAUAUCAUCAUGUAGUAUACACUGAGUGGAUGCGAGGUUAAAGAAGACAUGUUUUGUCGUCCCAAAGCAACUUUCAAUAUCUCAUCCCAUGCUCCUGCAACCGAGCGAUAUUUUCACAUGGAGUCAUAUCGCUUUCAUAUCCCCGACAUGCCCUCUUCAUCUUCUGUGGUCAGUUACCAUCAACAUACCAAACUAAUUCAAUGAAAUAAUAACAAUGCGUGUAUAUAAGAGCAAAAAAAAUGCUACCUGAUGAAAUAUAUACAAUUUUAUGUUUUUCGAUUCCUGUGUAGCAACGUUUAAUAAGUUGCAGUAAAUGGUUUUCCAAUCUUGUCACGAUUAUUGAAAGUUUUUUUGCAAAAGAAUUUCAAAUGGUUCUCUGCGCUGGGAUUUGAAGCAAAAUAUGGCUAAUUCACUAAUUAAUUUCCUUAAUUCACUAUUCAGUUAUACACUGGUACAAAUUACCAACAUAUCACCACGAAUAGUAUGGUAAGCCUUUGUUGCAAUCAAAUUGUUUACAACGUGUGUGUAAAUUAAUAUCUUAAGUCUGCUGGGUGUGAGAUUAGCUUUUAGAAAUCUAAAGGUUAAAUUUGUUUAUGAGACGAAGGAAGAAGCAGGGCUGCCUUUAGUUUUGUUCUUUUUUUUCCACAGCGUUGUUGAAAAGUCUAAAUUUGACAUAAUAUAAUCCACUAUAUCUAAACCCCCAAAAUCGGCUGUUUAUUUGGUUUCUGAGCUUUCUUUAAGGCUUUCAGAAGAGAUUCUCUUGGUGGUAUUGCCUUACUUAAUAUUACCUAAAUUCAUUCAUCUCAACAUCUCCACCAUUUCACCACAUAAACUGACCAAGAAAGCUUUGUGAGAACAAAUCAAUUCACCAUCAAUUAGCAUUGGUAUGAAUCCACAAAUGGUAUUGAAUCCAUUUUCAAUUCUUUAAUGGUGUAUACCAGUAAAUCACAUUUAAAUCCACUGGUUAGUUCACUGCCUUUGUUUGUUUGAAGGAACUUUGCCUACAACCGCAAACAAACCCAUUUAAACGCCAUUCGAUUCCCAAGACAUUUGACAAAUAAAAUGCCAAAGUAAUAACGCAGGUUUAAUGGGAAGGGACGCAGUUAACCGGAGAUGUGAUAAAACCUUGUCUCAUCUCCGUCCUUUUAUGUUAGAAGGGAAAAAAAAAAAAAAGGAAAUAGGCCACACUUAGUUCAGUCCAUUGACAGGCACUUCUUUCCCUUUGCUCUCCUCUAAUUGUGCUGUACAUAUGCAUUGAUAAACUUUGUUAAUACAGCAUGUGUCUAUACUUGAUGUACAUAGAAGCAUGUUUUGAAGAUAGAGCAUAUAUUGUGUAUGUGUGGCAUUUGUCAUUUUGAUAAUAAAACGUAGAGGAAAAAAUACAACGACUGCACAUUUUAUUAAAUCCCCCCAAAGCGGGUAUAGGAAUUUAUGUAAAUUUUUAGCUGAAGAUAUAAAGCCUUUCAGGUAACUUUAUUUAUUUAUUUAUUUAUUUAUUUAUUUCGAUCUGAGGAGUGCUACUCUGAGCUGUGUGCAAUUUCAAUGUCUUGUUCUGUUUUAUUCAAAUGUGCCAUAUUAUUGUGCUUGCAUUCGUGAUUUGGUUUUCUUAUGAGCUUAUCGUGCUUUCUUUCUCAUGUUUUUUUGUCUAGUUGAAAUUUUUGUGUUAAUUUUUUAUUUAUUUUUUUGUAUAUGUUAUUGUCUUGCUAAUAUGUUGUGUGUGAAUACAAUAUAUUUGGAUUGUUUUUUUUCUGGUUAAAGAAAUCUGUGCGUAUUUACAGUAAGGACAGCUAAGUCAGAAGCCAUAUGUGUGGUCCCUUUUCCACAAAACCUUAUAAUCGUAGGACAAGAACGUGUACCUCACUUCAGUGACAAAAAAAAAAAAAAAAAAAAAACCAUACAGAUCACACACUCUUUGUACAUCUCUUUGAUUCAGAAGAUGCGAAAGGAAAAAAAAAAGUCUGUCUGUUGAAAGGCAGUGUAAUAUUUUCUUUCUUUUCACAUACAGAUCACAAAGUGGCAGGACUCAAAUCACACUAAAGCCAGUUCAUGCACAGUUCAUGUUGUUAGUCAUAGAGUAUUCGUAUGUUAGUGUUAGCUACUGUAUCUCUACAUCAAUGUAUCCAAAACGAACUGGUGAUUUGGUGUUUCACAUUUAAUCAGUACACAAAUGCUUGCAAAAGAUAUGAUUAGUAGAACAAUUACAGUUCUGGUGAUCCACAUGUAACAGUGGCAUGAUUUUAUUAUGCAAUGUGUGUCUAUGUUAGUGUAUGCCUGCGCGUGUGUAUGUGUGUGUGUGUAUGUGUGUGUAAAAAGGAGUAUUUCAAUUAAUCAAGGUUUGAAGUUUUUCCGGGUGGCUAAAAACAUUAAUGGGUGUCUUAUAAUUAAGGAGAAAAAAAUCCUAUCAUUAUAGAUUAUUAAAACAAAACUGUUGUUGACUGAACUGUUAAAAGCCUGUAAUUUAAUGUGAUGUGUGAUACUUUGUUUUUUAUUUCUUUGAGUCAGUCUACAUAUUACUUCAUAUAGGAGUUACACCAUUAUGUUUGGGCCUUUUUACAAGUUUAAAAUAGGGACAGUUUCAUGUCUGUCACUGGGUGGGGGAAGUUGUGACGAGCCUACUGUGAAUUACCUUUUUUUUUAUGUCUAACUUGUGUGUAUGGCGUGAGUACGCAACUCCUAAUAGGCCCUGUCUAUGGUAUCACGCUUACAUCAUGAAAUGUUUAGCAAUGGAGCUAUUGUUUGUUCCAUCUUGAAUGUCUUGUUUUGUUUUGUUUUUUAAGUUCCACCCAAGUCACAUUUUUUGUCUCUGGAACAUUUGCUUUAAAGCUGAUGUGUGCUUUUUAAGUCAUGUCCAACUGCCUUGGACUUUCUGUGCUGCUGCUUAAGAUGUUGCAAUAGGACCAAUGCAGAAAAAAAUAUGUCUUCAUGUUUUUUUUUUUUUGUGUGUGUGUGAGACCAUGAUUGAAAAGCUACAGGGGAUCAUUACACCCCUGCCAAGCAGACAACAAAAUCCCAGUCUUCCCUGGGACACUGGAUGCCAGAUGACUGGCCCCUUGCCCAUGCUGAGACAUUUAAUUUCACCACCUUUUUUUCCCGGCCCAUGUUAUCGGCAAACACUUUCCCAACGCCAUAAUGUCGAGACAUCGUGCUUACUAACAUGAUCUAACACACUCUCGUUCUCUGUGUUCAUUUCGAUGAGAACCACGUAAAGACGUUUCCAAAGACCCGCUCGUCCUCGUUCAUUGUGUCUCGUGUAGAGGUACCUGUGUCAGUGAUUCCUUUUGUGGAUGCUUUGGCAUGCUUUUAUCUCUUACGGAGGAUCCCAUUUACCAUCAGAAGAUAAAGCCUUUGCUACUCCUGUAGGUUAUUGUCAUUCUGUAAACCAAUAAUGUCAGUACUUGAAGAGAUACCAGCCACUAAAAAAAAGGUCUACAUGCAAAUUCAUUCAUUGGUUAUCAACUAGCUAAUCAUAUGAAAUAAAGCCUUUUAAAUAUC